CGACACUCUUUCGUUGUCAACAUACUAACCGUUGAGACACGAGAUCUAGCUUGUUACCCAGUGAAACAUGCGACAGCUGAUCACUGAGUUAAGCGGUUGAACUCUAACAUAUCAUGCAUGCAACAAAUAGGUACCUAUAGGAAUUAUAAUCUCCAACACCUGAAUAGAAACCCUAGAUCUAUCAACCAUCCUUCCAUCAAACAACCCUUGCCAAGCUGAACAGUUAUCUUGUUCAUCUUAUUUACUGCUUUCUAGUUUACUAUAUUUAUUUUAUUGCUUUAAAACCUAUUAGCCUAGCUUAAUCAUAUAACUAUUAGAUCUAAUCGGUUCCCUAGCUCCUUGUGGAUUCGAUCCCUAAGUACUAUAACUCGACCUCUUUUGAUGAGAGUAACACUCUUUAGGGUAAUUUGAGUGAUAUCAGUCUCCCACUGAGCAUGUAUGUUUUUCCACAUACUUUGUUACCCAAAACGUGUUUGUCCCAUAUUUCACAUUCGCUCUGAUCUUCCAUUCACAACUACUUACCGGACAUGUUGUCACAAGGAGAGUUUUCGUUGACUUGUAUAUUCUGAAGGAGAACCUAAGCCUUACUGCUGUCAACCGCAGCUCUGAAAGCAGUGCAUCCUUGCUAACAAAACUCUGGUUGACAUAGAUAUUGUUACCAUUCGAUCUUCCUCCUUUAAUCUUUUUGAAAUCUUCAAAACACAUAUCAUCAUCUUCCUCAUCUUCAUCUUCAACCUUUCCAUAAACAUUGUAAUCCUCACCAUUCUCGUCCGCUUCAGCAAAAAUAGAGAUAUCAGCAUCCUCCUCCCCAUCAUCCUCCUCCCCAUCGUCCUCCUCCCCAUCAUCCUCCUCCCCAUCAUGAUUUUCAUCUUCAACCAAAUCAUCAUCAUCUUCUUCAAAACAUUCAUCAGCUUCAUCAUCUUCUUCCCUGAACUCUGAAACUGUUUCCACCUUGCUACGACUUGAUACACAAAGCUGUACUCCAUGCGUUUUGGUUAUCUCGAGCAAGUUUCGAACUUGUCUAUCACUUGUAACAUGAAUAGGAGGGGUGCCUGGAGCCAGCAACAUUUCUACUGGUAAUGAGUAGGUUAUCUCCACAUAUUUUAUGCUCAUGUCCAGGUUAUAAUCUUCUUGUACCAUUGCAAGAAGUUCAGCAUGUGUCGAACAUUCACUAAAAAAACAUUUUCGCUCCUUUGACAUUAUGAACCACAAAAUCCCAACAGCAAUCUUUCAACAACCAUUCUCCGUAUGUAACUGACGCAUCAUCUGCAAAAAUUCAAAAUAAAACACAUUGGUAAACAUAGAGAAAAUGAAAGUUUACUAAACAUUGACGCAGACGACAUACCAGUAAGUCGUCCAAACAGAUUAUUUUUGCAAUUGAAUUUUAAAUAGGACGACUUACAAGUAAGUCGUCCAGCUGUGUUUGUUAAAAAAAACUCUAGACGACUUACUGGUAAGUUGUCUGGGAUAAAACGGGUUAGUUUGCAUUUGACCGAAUUGUGUCAGAUAUUUGACUUUUCUUGGACGACUUACCAGUAAGUCGUCUCUGGGUAAACAAAAAUUUCAAUAUUUUAUUAAAGCUAGACGACUUAUUUGUAAGUCUUCUCAGGUUAGUUUCCAAUUCGAAAAAGAAACUUAAAUAUUUAACUUUACCCAGACGACUAACUUGAAAGUCGUCCAGGUAGACGACUUACGAGAAAGUCGGACGACUUACGAGAAAGUCGUCCGAGAUAAGCAAGGUUUGACCAGAAUCUAGGAAAUAAAUCUGGACGACUUUGCUUAUCCUGGACGACUUUCAAGUAACUCGGAUGACUUUCAAGUAACUCGGACGACUUUUAAGUAUGACGACUUCUGCGUAAGUCGUCUGGGAAAAGUUAAAUACUUAAGUUUUAGUUUCCAAUUGUAAAAGUAAUCUGAGUCGAUUUACAGAUAAGUCGUCUAGCUUUAAUAAAAUAUUGAAAUUUUUGUUUUCUCGGAGACGACUGACUGGUAAGUCGUCCAGGAAAAAUCAAAUUUCUGACAUAAUUCGGUCAAAUGCAAAAAUAACUCGUUUAUCCUAGGCGACUUACCAGUAAGUCGUCUAGGUUAUUCUCUAGAUUGUUUUUAACAAACAAAGAUGACGACUUACAAGUAAGUCGUCCGUUUAACCAGAAGACUUACCCGUAAGUCUUCUAAAACUAGACUACUUACGGGUAAGUCUUCUACGCGAACAGAUCUGGAAAAAAUUUCAAUUUCAUACCUUAAACUAGUGAGAUGACUUCCUUAGCACAUAGAGUCUUCUCCAACCACCCAGAACCUCAAACGAAAGUAACCCACCAAGAAUAGUAUGCUUGAAUGGCUCUAUCAACCAUAAAAAAAAAUUGAAUCAAAAGCUUGAGUUUUUUGGAUGAAUAUGGAGGCAAAGUGAAAGAGAUGUUGUUUUUAUUUCAUAAUAAGUGAGAAAGUGAGAGUGUAAAUCGAUUUUAGGUGCAUUAAGAGCUUCAAAUUGGUUGUUCAUUGUGGUUGGGGUAUUGAUGGCAAUGGCAAUCUUGUAAGUACUUGAAGAUGAUGAGGUUAAGAGAGUAAAAAAGCUAUUUAAAAAAAAAAUUAAUGAUAUUUUCGUAAAUAAUUUGAAUAUGUGGGGUGAAUAGAGCAAAAAUAUAUAAAAAAGAAGGAGACGUUAGAUUUGUGUUUGACUUUGAGUUUUGAGUCAAAUUUGCAAAAAGCCCAUUUAUUUGUCCACAUUUAUUUCAUCUACAUUUUUCCAUCCAUAACUAGUGUGUCCACGACUUUCAUAUCCAUAUAUAAAUGUCAAAAUUAUAGAAAAAAAUAUAUGAAAAUAGAUGUUGAAAUAUAGAGAAUAAAAAAAUACAAUAUAUUGUAUCCAAUUUAUUUAUUUAUAUAUUUCUAAUUUUGAUAAAACAAAUGAAGAAAGAAACAAGGGAUGAACUGAUAACAAUACAAAAAAAUAUUUAGAAAGUAAAUAAACUAGAAACAAAAUCGAAUUAUGAUGUUUCUCUUCACAUGGAAAGAGGGUAUUUUGGUCUAAAACACACAUUGGACUUAGUGAAAGUGCAUUUCCAGCGUAUUGUAUCUUAUAAUGUAAAGAAAGACUAUAAAGUGUCCUAUAGAAUAAUGCACUCUAAUUUUAAUUACCAUAGAUAUAAAGUUGAUGCUUACGCAUAUAAUAGUUUCAAAAAAUUAUAUAUACUAUUUUAAUUGUGGUUUUACAGAAAUGACCUAAAAUUUGAAGACAAAAAUGCACAAGUAACCUAACUUUUUGAAAUUUUUAUUUUCCUUACUCACCCUAGAAAUUCAAGUUAUUCACGAGAAUAUUGUUACUUUUUCAUGAAUGAUUGUUUUACUCUAUCAUCCUUAUCAACUCUUUUAUUUAAAACAUUGUUAUUAUCAUCAAUCUAUCAACUACCAUGAUCAUCUAAUUUCAAACGCUAAAUGCACCUAAAAUCAAUAUCUACAUCUUCAUAUCCUCAUUUCGUACACACAAACCAUUCAUCUUGCACUUCUAUCUCAUUUCAUUCCAAAACCUCAACUUUUUUUCAAAAUUUGUAAGCUUAUUGGAUUAUUCAAGUUCUUGUUUAUUGGUCAAGCCCGAGUGUAUAACUUUCAUUAAGAAGUUAUAUGUGCUUGGCGAAUCAAAACAUGAAUCUUACUUAAUCUAAAAAUGAUAUUUGAACUUUUUUAGAUCUGUCUUCUAGAGGUUCGGUUUGAGUUUGGAUCCUACCAAUUACCCAAGAAGAUCAUAUUAUCUCUAUGACCAAAUAACUGGAAUGGAACCAAAAGCUGAAUAGGUACCCAAAUUUUUAUAAUAUAAUUUUUAUACUUAUACAUUAACUACAUUUAGUUUUUAAAUAAUCAAAUAAUUUUAAAAUACUAUUUAGGGAAGUUGACUCAGAUAUUAUAUAUUUUAGUACUUAUGACCAGAACCAUACAAAUCUUUUUUUUUAUUACUGGUAUUUUUUAAAUGCCAAGCGUGCCCUUUAUCCACGUUAUGAGAAAAAACGUAUUUACGAGAAUGCCAUUACUUUUUAACGCCACGUAAGCAAAAUCCGGCGACACGUAGGAAUACGCUUCCGUGUUUUCAUUAAGUCAGCCGUAAAAGAAUACGUCUUUCGUUACGGCUGGUAUAUGUAUAAGUGUCGGCUGACUUAUAAUAAAAUAGUUGACUUAGUAAAAAAGGCUGAUUUAAGACGAUAAGUAAACCACGCAUAAGGGUUGAGUUAUAUGAAUCUAGUUGAGUUAUUGGACAACGGCUGACUUACGUACUGACGUUACGGCUGACUUAAUCAUCGAUGGAAUGAUUUCUGGAAAAUUUGGUUGAGUCGUAGUAAAGACACGACUCAGUUAUAUACCCACGGCUGAGUUAAUGAACACCAAAUGGCUGGGUUAUGGGAUGUUUGACGGCUGGGUUAUCUUAAAUCAGCCGAAGCUGGAUGGUUUAACAUGAAACUCAGCUAUAUUGUGGUUGAGUUAUUAGCGAAAGAUUAAUUACUAGAAUAAUAUUGGUUUACGGCUGAAUUGUUAAACGAUAUGGUUGGCUUAUUCUAUUUCAUCCUAUUUACAGAUGGGUUAUCGAAAAAAAUUAAUUACUGAACUAGUAUCCACGUUUCGGCAGACUUACUUACUACAUGUGGACUGACUUAGGCUGUCUGAGUUAUAUAUUAUUUUGGUGGCUGAAAAACCGAAUUUCCAUGUCAGCUGCCAUGUCAUCAAUUCGGAUUUGCCAUGUCAUCAGUAACGCUUCGCUACUUCAAAACUAGGUUUUAAUCAGCCUGUUCAUAUUCCUCUCUUCCCCUUUCAUACCCGUUAUUUCUCUUCUUCAUCUAUCUCAGUUGGUUAUGUAUCUGGUUAUUAUUGUUUCCGGUAACUGGAUUAAGAAAAACAAAUAUGUAUUCAACGCUGAUAGUAGAGGGUGUAGAGUUCUCCAUUUAGAUGAGAAUUCUACACAUGAAGCUUUCGCAAAGUCUGUUCUCGAUGAUUACGGAUUGAAUGAAAUGAGUGAUCAUAUUCAGCUAAGCUACAUGUUCUCGAAUAAAGCAUUGAAGGCGCACGACACUCCACCAGUGUACGUGUCCAAUACUCGGCAGUUGCAAGGUUUUGUAGCCCUAAAGAAAAUCGAACAACUACGUCUUUGUGUUGAGAUUACGGAGAACAAGGACGACAGAGCAAGAGAGAAGACUAAAACAAACUUCAGUUUUAGCUCAGAAGUAGAAGCGUCAGAAGUUGAGUCCAGAGACGAUAAUUACAGUGGGAGUUACGAUGGUUGCAGUUCGGAGAAGGAAGAAGAGGACAAUGAGAUUGAUUGCUCUAGUAUUGUGGAAGGAGAAAAUCAGAACGUAGGCGGAGAAGAUGAAACAGGCAAAGAAAACGAAGAAGACGAUGAAUUUGAUAGCCGAUUUGAUAUGUUCGACGACUCGGACGGUGCGUCAUCUGAAGAUGAUAACUUCAGUUCAUACGGUGACUCUCCUUUAGAAGACGAAGAGUCACCAACGAUACCUCCCAAGAAGAUAUAUCAGAACUUCUCGAUGAUCGGGUCUAAAGAGAGUGAGGAGGUUCUUCCAAGGUUGGAUAUGUCUUCGUUAAAUCUUGCGGUAGGGCAACGAUACGAGAGUAAAGCCGAUUUGGAGAGACGACUGAAACUUCUUACAGUAAAGGAUCGAUUUGAUUAUGAUGUAGACAUAUCAACCCGAACAUUAUUCAUUGUUAAGUGUUGGGUUGAUGGAUGUAUCUGGAGGGUUCGUGCUUCUACCAAAGGGGAAUCCCCGGCGUUCUAUGUUUGUAUUUACGAAUCGAAUCAUACAUGUUCUACAACUGGGCGUUCUAAUCGAUGUCGAAAUGCAACACCAGAUAUUUUAGGAGAGUUGUACAAGAACUUUCUCGGCGACGUUGGUCCGGCCAUUCACCCUACGAGUGUUGGAAUAGCUAUCACUAAGCAGUUUGGUGUAAAGGUAAUUACUUUGGUGUAACUGAGUUAUGUUUACGAAACAGCUGAGUAAUAUGUGUUUCGUAACGGCUGAUAUAUUUACACAAUGCGGCCGAGUUAUAUUAAAAUAGUGUUGAAUUAGUUUUACGUUGUGACUGACUUAAUUGUAUGAUGUGGCUGAGUUAUGUGUAUCGUUUUUCAUGUGAACAGAUGAAAUAUUGGAAAUCUUACCGGACGCUGAAAUUUGCAAGGGAAAUCGUUCAGGGAACACCUGAGAGUGGGUUUGAACGCUUGUCUUCUUACUUAUACAUGAUAAUAAGGGAAAAUCCGAGUACAAUUGCGCGUCUUCAAAUCGAUGAGAAUGGAAAAUUCAUGUAUGUGUUUCUUGCGUUUGGUGCGAGCGUAAAUGGGUUUCCUUUCAUGCGCAAAGUUGUGGUUGUCGACGGUACGUUUCUUAAUGGUAGAUACAAAGGGACGCUUCUCACAGCACUAGCUCAGGAUGGUAACUUUCAGAUUUUUCCAAUAGCCUUCGCAGUGGUUGACACUGAAAAUGAUGAUUCCUGGCAUUAGUUUUUUACGCAACUAAAACUUUUGAUUCCUGACGACGAGGGUCUUGCGAUAAUCUCAGAUAGGCAUAACUCGAUUGGGAAAGCCAUUACAAAUGUGUAUCCGCUUGCUUUUCGUGGAAUUUGCACGUACCAUCUAUAUAAGAAUAUACUGGGACGGUACAAAGGAAAAAAUGCAUUUCGUCUGGUGAAGAAAGCGGCGAGAUGUUUUAGGAUGUCUGACUUUACUCAGAUUUUCGAGGAGAUUGAAGCGAUUAAUCCAGCACUCCACGGCUACCUCCAAAGGGCUGAUGUCCGACUGUGGACGCGUGUUCAUUUCCCGGGCGAGAGGUACAAUUUGAUGACUACGAACAUAGCGGAAUCAAUGAACAGAGCAUUGUCAAAUGCUAGAGGUCUUAACAUUGUUCGGAUAUUAGAAUCGAUACGGGUUAUGAUGACCAGAUGGUUUGCUGAACGAAGAGAGGAUGCCAGAUCGCAGCGAACCACGCUUACUCGUGGUGUGGAGAAACUACUACAUGUAAGUAAGCCUUUAAAAAAAUUAGUCAGCCUUUAAAUUCAUAAGUCAGUCUUUACAGCUCUUAAGUCAGCCCUUAAGAUAUACUAAGUCAGUCGUUUCACAUUAAUUAUAUAUUUUUUAAUAGAGUCGUGUAACUGCCGCCAGAGAUUUGGCGGUACAGAGGAUUGAUGAUCAUCACACUGAAGUUAAAUAUGGAUCUUCCGGCGAGUCUUUGCAUGUUGUUAAUUUGGUAGAGCGAAAGUGCACAUGUCGCCGUUUCGAACUCGAGAAAUUACCAUGUGUACACGCAAUCGCAGCGGCGGAGUACAGGAAUGUUUCUCGUAUAUCCCUGUGCAGUCCUUACUAUACCAGCAAUUAUUUGGUUAGCGCAUACGCUGAAUCGGUCAUGCCGGUUGAUUCAGCGCAACCUGUUCCAGAACUCGUGGCUAACCAACGCUGCUUGCCCCCGACUGUACGUCAACCACCAGGCAGACCGAAGAAAAAUAGGAUGAAAUCUGCUUUAGAAGUUGCACUAUCAAACAAACGUCCUAGAAAAGAGCACACAUGUUCUCGAUGUAGACAGAGUGGUCAUAAUGCGAAAACUUGUCCGAUGUAAGCAAGUGUUGUAGGGAUUUUCAUGUUUUUGUAUUACGGCUUAGUUUAUGGUUUUAAUGUUUUUGUAUUACGGCUGAUUUGUUGAUUUUCAUGUUUUUAUUACGUCUGGGUUGUUGUAAGGAUUUUCAUGUUUUUGUAUUAGGGCUUAGUUUAUGGUUUUAAUGUUUUUGUAUUACGGCUGAUUUGUUGAUUUUCAUGUCUUUCUUACGUCUGGGUUGUUGAUUUUAAUAGUUAAUACUUAUGGCCGGGCUGUUAUUUUUCAUGUCCUUUGGAAAGCAUCUCAACGACUCUGAUAUGCGUAACGGCUGGGUUAGUGUUAACAUGGGCUUAGUUUAUGGUUUUAAUGUUUUUGUAUUACGGCUGAUUUGUUGAUUUUCAUGUUUAUUCUUUAAAAAUUCCCGCCAAAAAAAAGAAAGGUCGUCAGACGACUGAGUUUCACACUGCCAAUAAAUAAGACUUUCAACUCUAUAUUUU